AUGGUGGAUCUUGAUGCGUGGAAGUUGGUACUUCCUCGCGAACUACGUUCCCAGGCCAUGGCUCAGUGUCAUGAACUUCCCCAAGCGGGUCAUUUGGGGGUUGACAAAACAUAUCGUCGCCUCUAUGUGUUGUACUACUGGCCGAACAUGUUUCGCGACGUAGUUUCGUUCGUCAGCCGUUGUGAUACCUGUCAACGCUGCAAAGUAGAAAAUGCUUUGCCGCGGGGUCACAUGGGCCGACGCGUAGUCCAGGGUCCUUGGACCACCGUGGCUGCCGACAUCGUUGGCUCUAUCCCUCCGAGUAAAACCGGCUAUUCCUACGUACUCGUGUUACAGGAUCUGUUCACGAAGUGGGUAAAGAUCAUUCCUCUCCGGCGUACCACUGGCAAGGCGAUUCGGGAACAGGUAGAAAAUGUUAUCAUUUCUCGCUGGGGGACACCCCGCGUCCCAUUCACCGAUAACGGAACGGAGUUCGUAAAUUGGGAGAUUCAAGCCCUGGCGGCCCACACGGGGUUGAAACAUGAAACAUCCCCGCCGUACCAUCCCCAGGCUAAUCCCGACGAGAGGGUCAAUCGCAUUCUCAAAAUAAUGUUGCGAGUCUUCAUGGAGGGCAACCACAGAACUUGGGACGCGCACUUACAUGAAUUCCGUUUUACAUUCUAUACGGCGGAACAUAGUUCCCUCCAAACCACUCCGGCUUCCGCCAAUUUUGGCCGGCAUCCUCUUGCUGCGGUUUCCCUUCGACAACAACUCGAGGGAGACGUCGAGGUCAUCCCUGGCGAACCCCUGGAAUGGGUAGGUCGGAUGAAGACGCUGGAAAUCCUCCGUAAGUCCCUCACCCACGCCUUACGGGAAUCGUCUGAUAAACAGGCGUACCAUUACAAUAUCCGUCGCCGGGACAUCGAGUUCGAGGAAGGUGAUCUCGUCAUGAAACGAACUCACUCCUUGUCCAACGCCGCUAAGCGUUUCUUAGCGGCUUUGGUUCCUCCCUUUGAUGGGCCCUUUAUCGUCCAGAGGAAAAUAUCCCGAGUACGAUAUCAGCUCGCGAACUUCUCUGGCAAGGACCAAGAAAUCGACAGCAACGACUUCCAACACUCCCUUAGAGGUUGUAGACAUUUCAGAGAGUCCACCCGAGUCACUGCAACUCCGAAGACGAGAAACCCGGCACCACGAAAGUCAGGCGUGGUGAAGACGGAGGAGCCAAGCUCCGUACCCUCCAGCAGCACGAAGGAAGUCUCCCAGGAGGAGCAAGAUUUCGUGGCAGCCCUAUGGCCGAAUGGCGCUCCCCCAGAGCUUGCCGACUUCCACUUCCCAAACUUGGAGCAGAAAAUCCAAGCCCUUUCCCCUCGAAGGAGUCCCUACCAUCCGAAGACAGAAGCCAUCUCUCGGCCAAAUACCCCCAAUCCUUCAGGGACCCAGCCAGGGUAUCCUACAUUGGAGGCUCGAACCAGCCAAGCUCCUAACCCAGCCACGACUGCCCCUUCACCAACACCACCCAACGUCGAGUUGGGCAGUCCACGUGCAAUCCAGCCAGUAGUCCUACUGGAGAGGAUUCAGGUGCCACCACCGGUUCUUCGGAUAGAGGACUAUUGGGAGCCCCUUGAACCCUGGCUCCCGGAUGUAUGGAGUGUGGAGCGAAAGAAGAAAGGCUUUAUGAGAGCCUUGCAAGCCUGCAGUCUCCAGCCGCUUUGUCAGAUCACCGAGCAUCGGUAUAUAAUCCCUCCAAUACACGUCCCAGUGGAGCCGGAUGGGGUCCAUCCCCUGGUAUUGGCCAACCUGAUUGACCCAGCUGUAAUGGAUCACGAACCCCCCAGAACCGCCUCGGCCCACUCUCCUAGGGGGCAAGCCCCAGUUCCUCCCUCUCCAAGGUCACCUACGGAAGUAGUAGCCUCCAGCGACGCCUCAUCGUCAUCCAGUUCCUCGUCAGCGUCAUCAACGAGCAGCUCCUCGUCGUCUUCCACAAGCUCUUCCAGCUCAGUGGCUAAUUGCUCCAAGGAUGAGGCAGAACAGGCUCACCAGGCCCACUGUUCCACGGAGGACACACCUUCGAGAUCCCCGAAUCGAGCUCGCAAUGGUUCUACAUCCUCAGAUCAGAAUGAAUCAUCCAUACCCCUGGAGGCACUCCGCCAACUCCCUCUGGCCAUAAGGGAGAUGCUUCGUGGAUAUUCUCCAGUGAUCCCCAUCACUGGCCCAACACCCUCCACCUCCGGGUCGGAUCAAGAUCAUUCUCCAGUGAUCCCCAUCACUGGCCCCACACUUUCCACCUCCGGGUCGGAUCAAGAUUAUUCUCCAGUGAUCCCCAUCACUGGCCCAACACCCUCCAUCUCCGGGUCGGAUCAAGAUCAUUCUCUAGUGAUCCCCAUCACUGGCCCCACACCCUCCACCUCCGGGUCGGAUCAAGAUCAUUCUCCAGUGAUCCCCAUCACUGGCCCAACACCCUCCACCUCCGGGUCGGAUCAAGAUCAUUCUCUAGUGAUUCCCGUCACUGGCUCCAGUCCUCCCAUAAAAACCCGCCUCGGGUCGGGCCACAACACACCUCCAGCGAUUCCAACCGCUGGCCAAGCAACUUCCACUACCACCCAGAGACUCCCAGUACUUGAUAGCGCGGCCAGAUCCCGAUCAGACUCUGCAGCAGUUCCCCCUGAGUCCUCCAGUGACUCUCGCAAACUCGAACCAACCCAGGGUGAUGACCCGUGCAGGAGCACUCAGAAGAAGGGGCCCAGCAAGAAGCGCAUUUGGUGCUUCGAUUGCAAGAAACAUGGACACCGACCCGCUGAUUGUCCGAACCCCAUGGAAGAGACCUUCUGUGACAAAUGCCCCUUUAGGGUCGCCAGAAAUCGACCCUGCCCGAUACACGGUACAGACCUGGCCGGGGCACCCUGUAGCAGAUCCGCGAGUAGACCAGCGGUCCGAUCGGAGGUAUUUAGAGUACCUCGUACCCUCGAUAAGGCCUCCGCCACUUCGUCUCGAGUCUCCGACACGGUCCCGAUCAAGCCCGGUAGAGAGUUGAGGCACGGAAAGUCCUCUCUACAGUCGUCGUCCUGA